AUGUCACUUUUGUCAAAGAAAUGGAAUGGUCAUCGCCCUCUUCUCUGGAUCGCCAGAUCGUUUGAUCAUCGGCCUUUCCUCUGGAUUGCGAGAUCGUUCGUUCAUCGCCCUCUUCUCUGGAUCGCUCGAUCGUUUACUACAUCGUCAAUCGCAAUCGAUGACCAGCACCAUGACGAGCAAGGCGAGGAGGAGGACGAGGAGCGCGUCAAGCGCUUGGGACGGCUCCUCCGGUCGUGCACCGCCGCCAGGGACAUCUCCGCUGGCCGCCGCGUCCACCACAGCAUCGCCAAUCACCGCCGCCCGCCUCCCACAAUCCUCUCCAAUCUCCUCAUCGACAUGUACGCGAAAUGCGGCAAGCUCCUCGAGGCCCGAUCGGCUUUCGAUGCGAUUCAAUCGCCCAAUUGCUUCUCCUGGAACAUCUUGCUCCAGGCAUAUGCCCUUCAUGGGCAUCUGGAGUACGCCAAGAGUCUCUUCGAUUCUAUGCCCAGGAGAGAUCUCGUCUCUUGGACGGCGAUCGUCUCGUCAUACGCACAGGUGGGAUCGACACAGCAGGCGUACUGCUUAUUCGAUUCCAUGCCCGCGAGGAAUGUUGUGGCCUGGAACGCCAUAGCCUCAGCAUUUGCCCGCGAGCGGCAUUUGGAAAGCUUGAAAAAGCUCUUUGAUUCGAUGCCUGAGAGGAGCAUCGUCUCCUGGACGGCGCUCAUCGCCGGCUUCUCGCAGGCCGGAUCGCUGCGGGAGUCGAUCGCCAUCUUCGAUCGAAUGCCCACCCGCGACCUCGUUGCCCACAACGCGAUCGUGGCGGCGCUGGCCCUCCAUGGCCAUGCCGCCGACGCGAUCGCGCUCUUCGAUCGAAUCCCACAGCGCGAUGUGGUCACCUGGACCGCGGCGCUGCAGGGCCUCGCGCAAGAGGGCCGGAUCGACGAAUCGCGCAGCUUGUUCGAUCGGAUGCCGUCGAGGAAUCUCGUUUCCUGGAAUGCGCUCCUCCCGGCGUACGCGAUCGCUGGACAGCUGGGAGAGGCCGAGAAGCUCUUCAAUUCGAUGCCGCAGUGGGAUUCCCACGCCUGGAACUCGAUGAUCCAGGGGUAUGGCGUCAAUGGCUUCCCGGAGAAAGCCAAAACGCUGUUUGCCACCAUGGCGCAGCCGGAUGUCGCCACGUGGACCAAUGGCUAUGCCCAGAAUGGUUUUCUGGAGAAAUCAAGCGAGGUUUUUGGCCAGAUCGCGGUCAGGGAUGUGUUUUCGUGGACGAUCUUGCUGUCGGCGUAUGCCCAGGAAGGAUGUUUGGAGGAAACGCUCCAGAUCUUCGAGAAAAUGCCGGGCAGGGACAUCGUUUCCUGGACUGCGAUCGUCCUCGCCUACGCGCAGAGCAAUCUCCUGGAGAAAUCCAAGGCCACAUUCGAUCAAAUGCCAAAGCGUGACGCUCGGGCGUGGACGACUCUCAUCGCGGCUCAUACCCAGAACGGCCAUCUUGACGAGGCUAUGAAAAUCUUCCGCGCGAUGCCACAGCGAGAGACUCUUGCAUGGAGCAUCCUCGUGUCGGCAUUUGCGAACAAUGGGCGAUUGGAAGAGGCGAGGGCGGUGUUCCAGAUCGUGCCCGAGCAGCACACCGCCACUGCCAAUGCGAUGAUCGGAGCUUACGCCACCGCCGGGCGCCUCGAAUCCGCCAAGACAGUCUUUGACGAUCUCUCCCUCUCGAGCAAAGCCAACGUUGUGUCGUGGACAGCCAUGACCGCUGCUUACGUCCGAGCGGGUUGUGAAGACAAGGCCACCGAGCUCUUCGAUUCCAUGCCCGAGAAGGACUCGGUGUCGUGCUCGGUCGUGGUCGGCCUCCGGAACGAUGCUCUCCAGAUCAUGGAUCUCGAGGGCGUUGAUCCAAACGAGCAGACCUUUCUCCGGUUGUUUGGAGCAUGCAGCCACUUUGGAAGAGUCGAGGAAGCCAAGAAGUUCUUCGCAUCGAUGCGUGACGAUCACGGGAUAGAGCCGCGGAUCCACCACUUUUGCUCCAUGAUCGACGUUCUUGGGCGGGCUGGGCGAUUGCGAGAGGCCGAGGAGCUCGUGGAGACGAUGCCUUUUGAGCCGGAUCAAGUGGUGUGGACAGCGCUCUUGAGCGCUUGCAUUCUUCACAAGAACGUCGAGUUUGCUGCUAAAGUCGGCGAGAAGCUCGUGGAGUUGGAUCCCGCGAGCUCCACGCCGUAUGUUUUGCUGUAUAAUCUCUACGUGAAGACUGGACAGCAGCACGAGGUGGCCAAGUUGAUGAGGAAGAUGAGAGAUCGAGGCUGGAAGAACAUCGGUGAUGUGUUAGAGAACAAGCUUCUAUUGCCGUUGGAAGAAGGCGAGCAAGAGAGAAAAAAAGAUGACGAUGAUAAUGAAGGUCAAUGGGUGGUAAGGUUUAUCCCAAACGAUGAGAGGGCCCCUGCGGAUUCUUCUGCGGUAUAUCGCCUUGAUUCCGUGGAGCGAGACUACGCUGUGCAAACCAUCUCUCGAAAGCACUUGGUGCAGUUCAGGGAGGACUUGCCGGGGCCUGUCUACUUGAUAGGCAUCGACUCCUGCAUGCUGGACCCGAUUGGACUCGUGAAGGUGGAGGGUGACAAGCUUGUCCUUAACCCUCUCGAAGGUGAAGCUUCGUUGCCAGACGGCCCCGCAAGUGAAGUUUCGUUCUUUCAGCAACAGGAGAACGUGUCAGCGGCAAGGUUACAUUUUGAGAAAGUUGACGGAGGCCGGGAACCCACGUUGUUUCUUACCUCUGGAAGAUCAGCCGAUGGAAUGGCUAGGGCCUUGUAA